UGAGUACACAAGGUGGACCGUGUCUAUUUCCUGAAGCACAAAUCAGACGCAGCUGAGGCAUUCGAGAGAUACCUUGCCGAAAACCGGGCAAACGGUGCCCCGUCCGAUGUCAUGGUCGUGAGAUCUGACAACGGAGGAGAGUUCUUUGAGGGAGAGUUCGGCAGGGUGUGCCGGAAGUACUGCAUCAAACAGGAGUUCACCCCCGCGCACAGCCCAGAAUACAACGGUGUAGCUGAGAGAGCACUGGGUCUGAUCACGGAUGCAGCACUAGCCGCCUGUAUCCAAGCGCCAACUCUUUACUCCGGAGCACCGAACGACCCCUCCCUUUGGGCCGAGGCCAUAGCUUGGGCAUGCAACGCCCUGAACUGCACCUCCACCACAUCCAACCCAGAGAAGAAAUCGCCGCACGAGAUGUGGCACGGGCACCCUCCCCCGCCAGGGGCGACGCACCCGUUCCUCAAACCUGCCGUAUACAAGGUCAAGCGCACGCAGAAGUCCGAGCCGAAAGCCCAAUAGUGUUUUUACCUCUGCCCGGGAAUCAGCACCAACCGUGAUUGCGUGCGCAUCUUGAACGAAAAAUGCCAAGCGAUCACAACUCACUACUUCACCUGGAGAUCNCAUCCGCCCCCGCGGCCCCCGCCGCCCUGCCCCAGUCGCUGCCUCCCAUCGCAGAGGAGGAAGAGGAAUUCGCGACUGAGGAGGACGAGGUUGGGGAGGGCGCGUCGAACCAAGGUGGAGGGAGGGCGGAGAGAGAACCUGUGGAUGGAGGACCAGGUUUCAACCUUGGCACGACGGCAGCCCCAGGGCCCGCGGGGCCGCCCGCGCGCGCAGCGCCGGCGGCACCGCCGGCCGCGCCCCAGGAGUCGGGCGCGGGCGACGCUGGCGAUGGCGCCCCCUCGAGCAGGGAGGGCGCGAGCGUCGCCCCAUCUACCACGUCGACCGGCACGGCCGAUGUGGGCGGCGGCGAGGACGACCGCCGCAGCAGCAGCAGCCGCGGUAGCGGCGGCAGCGGCGGCAGCGGCGGCGACAGCAGUAGCCGCGGUAGCGGCGGCAGUGGCAGCGACAGCAGCAGCGGUGGCAGCAGCGUCGAUGACGGCGGCAGCGACAGCAGCAGUGGCAGCGACAGCGAGACGGAUCUCCCGGCGCUCCGUGGGCCAGAGGCCCGGCGGCUCGUGGCGAGCCUACCCAUCAGCAGCACGGAGGAGUUCACCCACUGGAUGCUCUCGGCGGUGCUUCACGUGGCAGAAGGGCUAGCGGCAAGAGCGGUGCGAGAGUUGCUGUUCGAGCGCGCGGAGGAGGCCCACGCUGCGCGCCAAGAGCCGGAGGACUUCCUGCUGGGUGCGGUUGUCCUCAUGCUCAACUCGCCAGACGCCUUCGAGACGGCUCUGGCGUCCCACGAGCUAAGUGAAUCCCCCAUAGGCAAGCGUCCGAGUGAUGUAGAAGCCCCACCCAUGACUGUAGCCGGCGUUGCCAAGUCUGUUUACCGAGAGGGGUGGGAACAGGCCAUGAGGGAAGAGUUUGAAGGGCACUUGGGCACGGGGACGUUUUCAUUCGUAGACGGUGCGCCAGAGGGGCGCAGGCCUGUAAGCUCAAAGUGGUGUUUUAGUUGGAAGACCAACAAGGAAGGGAAGAUAGACACGUUCAAAGCGCGUCUGGUUGCUAGGGGGUUUUCGCAAAUCCCGAACGUCGAUUAUUUCCAUUCGUCUUCCCCCUGCCCCUCAUCCGCAUCCAUUAAGCUGAUGCUUGCGGUAGCGAACGAGAAGGGCAUGAACCUCAAUCACUGGGAUGUGAAGCAGGCGUAUACACACGCUACGCUAGACGAGGAGGUUUUUCUGAAGCUCCCCGCUGGGUGCGGGGACAAGUCGCAUGAGAUUGCUAAGGCUGAGCGUGCGAUUUAUGGUCUGAAGCAGAGCGGUAGGCAGUGGGGGUACCACGCUGCUGAUACGCUAGUCGAGAACGGGUUCGAGCAAUGCAAGGCGGACCCGUGUGUUUUCCGCAAGAUGGUAGACGAAGUCGUGGUGAUGAUUAUCGUGAUUUAUGUGGAUGACAUUUUGGUGGCUGGGUCUGACGAGGAUUGCGAGGAGUUGCUUGCUUCUCUCAGCAAGAAGUUUCCCACCAAAAAUCUGGAAGAGUGUCAAUGGUUUGACGGAUGUGCCAUCGAGAGAGAUGUAGAGACUGGGACUCUUAGAAUCUCGCAAACCGCGUACAUCGACAGCAUGGUGAAACGUUUUGAUGUACAAUCGACCUCCCGCAUCCCUGCUUCCCCUGGUGUCGACCUAGGACCGAAGAGAGAUGACGAGAAGGGAGGGGAGUGGCCGGUAAGGGAGGCCAUCGGCAGCAUCAUGUGGGUGUCGACGUUCUCGCGUCCAGACGUCUCGUUCGCCGUACGUGCGGUAGCGCGCCACGCCCACGCCCCGGCGAAGCGGCACUGGGAUGCCAUACAGAAGAUCCUCGGCUACCUGAAAGGGACGAGGGACCUCGGCAUCACCUACCAACGGGGAUCGGGGUUAGGGCUGGCCGUGUACGUAGACGCUAGCUACGCCGACACGGAGGAUAGGCGUUCGGUGUCAGGGUUGGCGACGACGGUCGGAGGUACCGUAGUCAGCCAUGGUAGCAAGACGCAGAGUAUCGUGUCUUUGUCUUCAACGNUCGUGUCUUUGUCUUCGACGGAAGCCGAGUACUUUACUGCCGGGGAGUGCGUCAAGGAGGCGUUGUUUGUGCGUGCUGUGCUUUCGUUUGUUGCCCCAGAGACCAGUGGUAGCAGCAUCCAGGUCCUUGACAACCAGGGGGCCAUGGCGUUGGUGCAGAACCCCCUCAGCUCAGGUCGCACGAAACACAUCGACGUGAGAUUUCAUUUCAUCCGCGUAUUGUUUAGGUCGGGAGAUAUUUCGGUCAAGUUCAUUCCAACAACGGAGCAACACGCGGCCAGGGGAAUGUAG